AGUGUUGUGGUGUAUGUGUUGUAUGAGUGGCGCACACAUUGAGUGUCUGUUUGGCUAAGCAUUCAAGUGAUUGUCAGUCAAUGUUGUAGUGUUGCUGUUGUAGUGCACUGUAAGUGUGGGAAUGUGUUGUAUGUAUGAGUGCUGUUAGUGUUAGAAAGAGAGAGAGAGAGACAGAUUGAGAGAGAAAGAGAGAGAGACAGUGAGGUGAGAGAGCCGAUUAACCCGAUGGUCAUCACUGUGCGCACCACUGGCCAACCAUAAGGAUUGUGUGGCCUUUCGUUAGAGACGACCGGAGGACAGCCUGUUGUGGACAUACUGUAGGCCGACAUUUGUUGUUUUUGGCUGAACGGCUCAUCCAUCGAAACAAGAGUUGACUAGUGAUUGAAUUACCCGAUCACUAACCCGAUUACCGUUAAGGUCUAAACCAGUGCUUUGUGUGCCGAAGUGGUCAUCACUGGACACUAAUUACUCUCAAAUGAAUAAUAACUUUUAUGAUAUGUCACAACAUUUAUGACCUUGAGUUACAUAUAUUAGCUGAUUGUGGCCAUCCAUACAUUGGACAGACAAGUCAUACAAAAAGCCAACGAUUGUUAAUACAGUUGAAGAGUAGAACAUAUCCAAUAUCGGCGAAGACAUGUCCGACGACAGGAGUGGCGAUGAGUCUCAUCAGACGUCAAUUUCCUCGACAGGAGGAGGAGGCGGCGGCGGAGGAGGAGGACAGGCAAGUGGUCAGCCCGUGGAACAGGAGUUGGCGACCAAAAUGUUGCAAAUACAGCACAAGAGAUUUUAUUUAGACGUCAAACAGAACCGGAGGGGUCGGUUCAUUAAAGUGGCUGAGGUGGGCGCCGCCGGAAGAAAAAGUCGAUUACUGUUAGCCAUGUCUACGGCCGCAGAAUUUAGAGACCAUUUAUCUGCUUUUAGCGAACUCUAUGCCUCUUUGGGUCCGCCCAAUCCGGAUAACUUGCCCGAAGAUGGUAAACUAAAAUCGGAAGUCAUGGUCAAAGAUAACCGAAGAUACUAUUUGGACCUCAAAGAGAACAAUAGGGGAAGAUUUCUACGGGUCUCUCAAACUAUAUCAAGAGGUGGUCCCCGAUCGCAGAUUGCUAUUCCUGCUCAGGGAAUGAUCGAGUUUAGGGAUGCACUGACGGAUCUGUUGGAAGAAUUUGGAAUCGAUGAUGGAGGUCGGGAGGAAAAUAGUGGUUCAAGUUUUAAGGGAGAACUACCUGAAGGACGUCAUAUGCGAGUGGAGAACAAGAAAUUUUUCUUUGACAUCGGACAGAAUAAUUUAGGCAUUUAUAUGCGUAUCUCUGAGGUUAAGAGUAACUUUCGUUCGUCGAUAACCAUUCCAGAGAAGUCGUGGGCGAAGUUCAGGGAUGUAUUCUCCGAUUAUGUCGACAAAAUGGCUGAAGGUUCUGAAAAGCCGUCGGGUGGGGCCAACAGUGGCUCUCAAAGCGGUGGUGAUCCCGGCGCUACAACACAGUCAAACACUGGCUCUGGCGGUGGAUCUAAAUGAGACUUUAGUUAUUAGCUUAGCUUAUGUGCAAAUAAUUUACUUUUCAACACAUUUGACAAAGACUUGAGUAUAAUAUAACAAAAUAAUUUAAUAAUCACUUCACGAACGGCCACUUUAUGUGCGACAAAAAAUUUUAUCGAACCAUUGUUUAUAAUAAUCAUAAGUUUAUUUGAAGAGUCAAUCAACUAAAAUCCAUUUUUAAUGAGAUUCAAAUAAUUUUUUUUGUAACUCAUUUAUUAAAUCAGACACAUAUACAUAAAUAUAUGAUAUAUACAUACAUAUAUAAAUUUAUAUUGAUAGUUGAAUGUAAUCCCGGUUUUUAAGUGUAAUAUUAUAAAAUGGUUUUUAUUGGUUUAUGUAUAAUAUAUAAUUAAUCGAUUGUUAUAUAAUGUGCACUAUUAAUAGUGGUCUUUAAAAUAUUACUCAAAUUUGAUGUAUUUUUAACUGUUGAGAAGCAAAGAUGUCUUGGUUUGAAUA